UUCUCGGAGGGGGGGCUGACUGCAUGAUGGUGACCUGUCCUGUCCGCCCCCCUGGGCAGUGACAGAUAGCUGUCGGUGGGGACUGGGGGAAGGCUAUGUGAGAAAUAAUCUGGCCACGCGUUAAGCUUCUUUAUCCCCGCCGAGCCAAGCCGACUGCUGCGCCUCCGGUUCACGGACAAAUCACAACACGAGCGGGAGGCAAUCAAAUCUCAUGGUGGGAAUUUAACAAAUUUCCAUCUUCGGAGGUCUUUGCAAAGGAGCCUUGACUGGAGAGUCAGAAGCAGAAAAAGUCGCUGCUGAGGCAGACCAUAAAGUCCAUACAGGGAACUAAACCAAGAGGGAAACUGGCAAAGUUGUUUUGGGCAUGGAACAUAAGAAACUUUGGAUAUUCUUGAUAACUAUUUACAUCUUGACAGGAGUGAAUGGGCAAAGUGUAGAAAUGGAUGAUGGGAAGUCGGGCUACCUGGGUUCCAAAGUGGAUCUCCGAUGUCGCUUCAUCAACAGCUCGCCGCCUGUCAAAAUCUCACAGGUGACAUGGCAGAAACUGGUAAACGGCACCAAGCAGAACAUGGCCAUCGCUAACCCGUCCCUCGGGGUAUCCGUGGCCCCGCCCUACAAGGACCGUGUCACCUUCAAGAACGCCGCCGUGAGGCGUCGAACUCCCAACCUAGAAGACACCACCAUCACCUUCUCCUCAUUGCGUAUGUCUGACGAAGCCACCUACAUUUGUGAAUACACCACCUUCCCUGCGGGCAACAGGGAGAACAAGGUCAACCUGACUGUAUAUGUUCGUCCGACCACCCAAAUGAGUCUGUCCACGCCCACAUUGGUGGCUCGUGCAUCCAACCUAAAGACGCCGGUGGCGACGUGCGUCUCUGCCAAUGGAAAACCACCCGGUGUCAUCAAGUGGGAGACGAGGGUGCCGGGUGAGGUGACCACCCGCGAGUACAGAAACUCGGACGGCACCUUCACAAUUCAGAGCGACUACAUUCUGGUGCCCAUUAGGGAAACACACAAGGAGACCCUCACUUGUGUCACCUCCUACAACGAGGAAGUAUUCACGGACAGCGUCACCCUCGAUAUUCAGUACGAACCCGAUGUCAUGGUGGACGGCUACGAUGGAAACUGGUACCUGAACAGAGAGAACGUUCAACUGAGCUGCCAAGCUGACGCCAACCCGGCCGUCUCCCUCUACCAGUGGAAGCUGAUCAACGGCUCCAUGCCGAGCAGCGCUGAGAUAAGAGACAACGUUUUAAUAUUUAAAGGACCCGUUACAUACGAUUUGCAGGGUACUUACGUUUGCGAUGCCACGAACAGCAUCGGGACCCGAUCGGGCUUCGUGGAGGUCAGCGUUAUAGAUAAACCGCUACCGCAGAUAGCAACGCGUGAUGUCAUUAGCGUGGUGGCCUUAUUGUUAGCAGCGGGCGUGCUGAUGGGAAUCACCAUAACGGUGCUGGUCCUCAAGAUCAGAAGUAGGAAGGAUGAUACCUCAGACGACUCUCCAUCGAGGAAACUGUCCCAGCCGAUACGUAAAAGACCCGCGGAAGAUAUUCAGCAUUCAGGGCGUUUCUACGAGGAACUUCCUAACACAGCGGACUACGUGAGCUACAGACUUGCAUGUAAUAAGGAGGACUACCCAGAGCCCUACUCCCCCCCCAUUAACCCACCGCUGUCCUUCCUGCCCCAACAUCCCUACCACUCUCCACACGCUACCAACACGACUACGGGCAGCAGCAGCACCAGCUCGUCCAAGAACACAUUUUCUCCACCUUCGCACUCCUCCGCUAUUUUUAAGUACCCCUCAGUGCCGGGCCUGUCCCCCCCUCCCCCGGGGGUUGGGCCGUAUACGUUCCCCAAAGAGCAGUACGUCUGAACCGGAUCUCAAACAGAACGACAAACUUUUCCCUUGAGGAGGAUGGAAAACUCGAUUUGGACUACAAGGCGUCUGCUACACUUGGGGGGAAGCGAUGCAGCUUUCGGACUUUUUAUUUGGCAACACAUUUUCUUCCCUUGUGAUCCAUAUUUUAUUUAAUUAUCUGUUUUUUUAAGGGAAUAUUCUCUCAGACAAAUUAUUUAUUUUAUACCUGUCCAUGACGGAAUCUUUUAAUCUGGCUAACCAGUUUACCAUCCUCUUCUUUUUGUAAGAAAAGAAAAAAAAACACAUAUGGAAAUAAAGUCAAAUAAAUAUGUUUCAUAAUUUAAUAAUCACUGUCUCGAUCCUGCACUGUAAACACUGUUCCCUGAUACCUCACCUUUAUUUCCUGAUUUAUUGUGUUUGUAUUUUGACAUUUUUAUCGACAGAGAUUUCUCUCUUUUUUUGACAUUUAUAGAAAAAAAUGUGUGUUUAUGUGUUUUAGUAUUCAUUGACACUGGUUGUUGGAUGAAUUUGGAAUAUUUCAAUAAAAAAUGAGCAAGAGGCUGA